CCGGCCAUGUCAACCUCGCCAUCUCUCCCAAUCAGCCCUGCAAUCUUGCGCGCCUCCGACCAACGGCCAUCUGUAUCCGGCAACUGCCAAGCCCACGCCCAUGCCUGCUCGCCAGCGGGCCCUGCAAGCGAAUCCCUUGUGGCAGGUCGUUUCCUCUGCCUUGCUUUUGACUUGGGGCAUACAGAGCCCGUAGGCCACUCGAGUCCACCCGAGUCCCCUGCCUAUCAUGUCGGCCAAUAUACAGCUUGCAUGGUGGUUCGUCCAUGGCCAAAUGUCACAGAAUCCCCGUCGAUGCUUUUUCUUCGGUAUCCGCGCAUGAUGUGGCAAAAUGCGCUCACCAACCCCCGCUGGAGAUCGCCUAGACGGUGCCUUACUGUGUCGGGAUGUUGA